AUGCUCGGUGUCCCGGCAAAAGCCCGAGAAAACGGGCCCGCAUCCCCACGAUCGGACCUCGUCGGGGAGAUUGACACAAAGGCCCCAUUCCGGUCCGUGAAGGCCGCCGUCAGUUUAUUCGGCGAAGUCGGCUCCCCCAAAACUCGGCCCGUCUCCAAGCGUUCUAAUUCCGACGAGCGAGUGCUGGAGAAGGAAACACAGCACCACAUGCUGCUACGCGAGCUCGACUACUACAAGGAGCAGCUCAAGAACGCUGAGACCACAAAGUCCCAGGCCCUCAAGGACCUCCAGAGGGCCCACCGCACCCUCCACGAGCUCACCAACAAGCUGGAGGCCCUGAGCGAGUCCAAGCAGGCCUCCAUUCGGGCCAGCGAGGCCGCCAAGGCCCGGGCCCAAGAGCUCGAGGAGCUGCGCACCCUCCGAGCUCAGCUCGGUUCUGAUGCCUGGAAGGUUGACCUUGAAAACGCGCGCGAGGCCUACAAGGCAUGCACCGGACAGCUCACCGACUGCAAGCAGGAGCUCGCCAGCCUCCGCCAGGACUUAGACUCAGCCCUCGAACACAAGCUCACUGUCUUUCAGGAGGCAGAGGAUGCACAAGCCCAGGCCCAAGCUAAUCAGCAGGCCCAGGCCCACCUUGAAGUGGAGGUUGGGGCUCUCCACCGGGCCCUUGCAGAGCUUGAGCUUGAGGUCCAACGAGCUGAGGAGGAGCACUUGCGGGCCAUGGCUGAGAAGGAGAAUCAGCUGCAGGCCCGGCGGUCAGAAGUGGAGCGGGCCCAGAGUGAGGCCCGGCGCUUGAGGGAGGCGUACGAGCCCGAGGAGACCCUCCAGGAGAAGCUACAGCAGACUAUGGACGCCGUCAAGGUCCUUCAGGCCCAGCUGAACGAUAUUCAGGGCACCGACCUGUACACCCUCAAGACUACCUUCUCGGAGCUCGAUAAGUCAAAGAAGGCCCUGGACGAGGCCGUCCGGGAAGAAAGAUCACUUCAGGCCCAAAUUGAUUCCAUGAGGAAGCAGCUGGAGGAGGUGAAAAACAAGUGCUUGGAAUUGGAAGCAAAGGUGAACAAGGAAGAGUCGAGCGCAGAACAGAUGCAGACUCAGUUAGAAAAGAGGAAAGUCGAGCUCGAGGAAGCCAUGUCGGGAUGUGCCUCGGUAAUGCAAUCUUCCAUUGAUAAACUUUCGGCCGAAGCUGAAAAAGCCCGGCUUGAGGCCCAAGGAAUCAAAAAAAAGGCUGUUACACUAAAUCUAGAGGCCGAGGCAUUGCGUCUUGCAACCAAAGAGUCUGAGGAGAAGCUGCGGGCUGCUCUGGAGGAAGCCGAGGCUGCCAAAAAGGAUGCCAAUGAUAAAAUCUGUAACUACGAAGGCAAGGAAAGUGGGGGCUCGAAAAUUAUCAGAUUGUCUGUUGAGGAAUUCGAGUCGAUGAAUAGAAAAAUCGUGGCUUUUAAGAAUGAGGCGGAUCUGAAAGUGUCGACGGCCAUGACCCAGGUGGAGAGUAUAAACGCAAACGAGAUGAUAGUUAUGGAGAAAGUGGAGAUGGUGGUAAGGGAAAACGAGGCCAUAGAGUCGGGAAUUAAGGAGGCUGUGAAGAGAGCUGACAUGGCGGAGGCAGCCAAGAAGAUUGUGGAGAGCGAGCUCCAGAAAUGGCGUAUGAAUGAGAAAAGUGAGGUCGAAAAGUCGUUCAACAAAACCAAAGCAACAUAG